AUGAAGUCGGCAGGGGUGGUGGAAGGAGGACUGUUCACAGAGAGUUACUGCAACAUCUGUAACGCCCAGCUCAUCUCCGAGUCGCAACGCACAGCACACUAUGAGAGUAAGAAACAUGCCAACAAGGUCCGUCUCUUUUACAUGUUACACCCAGAAGACGGUGGCCCACCGUCCAAGAGACUGAGACCAGACAACCCGGGCAGUGCAGAGACAGAGGUGGACAGGAAUAAGUGCUGUACUUUGUGUAAUAUGUUCUUCACGUCGGCCAUCGUGGCCCAGUCUCACUACCAGGGAAAGACACAUGCUAAGAGAGUACGACUGGUACUGGGAGAAACACCCAGCAUACCUACUGCUACCAACAGCCCUACCACCACAGACUCAUCCCCUUCUACCCCCCAGCCCAGUGACUCCACCCCUCCCCAUGCCUCACCUGCCCUACCAUGGCCCUCCUCUCUAGCACCCCCGGUGGCGGUGGUGGGUAGUGGUGGUGGGAGUGGUGAGACAGGGAAGUACUGCUGUCUGUGUGGAGCCUGGUUCAACAAUCCUCUGAUGGCCCAGCAACACUACGAGGGGAAAAAACAUCGCAGGAAUGCAGCCAGAGUGCAACUACUGGAGCAGCUAGCUGGCAGUCUGGACGCUACUGAAACUACAGGUCUCCGCAGCAGUUACUCCUGCAGUGUAUGUAGUGUGGUGUUGAACUCCAUUGAACAGUACCAUGCUCACCUCCAGGGCUCCAAGCACCAGAACAACUUGAAGCAGGUCCAGCAGUAA